UUUCAAAGCAGACAGAGGAGCUUCCCAAGUGUCGCACAUUUAGCACUAUCAUGGAUAAAGUUGUGAAAUUUGCUGAGCCUGGUCGUGCCUUUGCCAAGGACUCCAUUCGUUUGGUGAAACGCUGCACGAAACCCGAUCGCAAGGAGUUCCAAAAGAUCGCCAUUGCCACAGCUAUUGGCUUCUGCAUCAUGGGUUUCAUUGGAUUCUUUGUCAAGCUGAUACACAUUCCCAUCAAUAACAUUAUCGUUGGCUCGUAAGUGUUUGCGUCUGGAGAGUGAGAGGCGAGGGGCAAUAGGAGAAGAGGAUGGAGAACCCGGCUAGUAGCCCCAGAAGGAGAUGAACAAUAAUAAUCAUCCAUUUUACGUAGCAUAUAUUCUUUCACUUUUAAACAUAUUUACUUUAAUUUUUUUUUUCUGUAUAGAAUUGCAUUCAACGAAUGUCCACAUAAUGUUACAAAAUUUUUCAUGUAUGUGAAAUUUAUUGCAAUAAUGUUAAAAAUUCCAUUCACAAACCAUGAACGUUAGUUAAUAAGCGUCAAUAAAAAAAU